AUGAGAGCAAAUCAACUCCUUCUGGCCUUGGCCUACACUGGCGCUAUCGCUACCCCCGUUCCACAAGAUACCGGUUCUGCAGACUGCAAGACUGAGGCUCUCAACCAGGACACAUGGAAGAAGCUCGAAAUCGAGAAGUUCCUUGCUGAAUGGACGACCUUCAACGUCAGCAAGGUAGAACAUAACGCUGUCCAAAACUUUGCCAAUUCCUUCGGCGCACCCAACUUCUUCUGCGGCCUCGAUAGCUUCUGCAAUGCCGGCCAACCCUGUUCUCCGGUCAAAUUGCCCGGAUGGUACGCUCUCGUUGCCGUUCAGAACUGGAAUAGCUACAUGAACUCUCUCAACACUGCCAUCACCUUCGCCUCGAGCAUCUUGAGCCUCACCCUCCCGGGCAUCGUCCAAGACUUCUACCCGAACCCCAAGGACGAUAUCACAGACCUCAAGACCAUGACCCGCGUCUUUGCUGGCGUGCUAUCCAUUAUCCCCUUCACGGGUCCCCUCAGCACCGUUGCCGGCGCCGUCGGCAGCACCUCCAGCUUCAUCUCCACCAAUCUCAAAGCCCCUGAGCCCACCAACCUCUUUCUCUCUUGGAGCAAUGUUGCCACUUCCCUAGGCAAGGUCGUUCAAAACUGGCAGUCUGCCGUUUCGUCCAGCUUCCAGACCACCAUCGACGCACAAGUCAACGUCACGGGGGGCAUUUUCCAGAUCAUCCGCGACGGAAAGUUCCUUGGAACCAGCCGCAAUAUCACCCAGGGUGACAUGCAGAAGGAGAUGACGCGCAGUUUGGAACUCUACACGAUUGGCCUUGCCCUGCAAGCCCAGAAGGUCUUUGUCCUGCGCUCGCAGCCAUUUGCCGAAAAGUGCACAGAGUAUACCGAAGCUGAGCUCUGUUCGCAAGAUCCCGAUGGCCGCUGGCGUCAGUACAUUCUCAUCCAGCGCUCGGAUCAUAAGAACUCUAUUGGGCGCAAGGAUCUUAUGAAACUCUUGACUGAGAAGUAUCAGUUGAAAAAAGAGACUGUCACCAAGGAAGUGGCUGAAUGCGUUGAUGCUGCUGGAGGGAAGCAGUUGACGUAUCCCUUUGGAGACAUCCUGCCUGUUGACAGCACCACAAAAUGCAUUUUCAACUUGCAGGUUUGUACCUCACCACCAGGUGCGAGGGAGGGCAUCAUCACAACGUGUGAGGGACUUGGAUUGGAUGUCUAG